AUGAGCGGUAACAACCCUUAUGCCAUCAAUGGCGGAUACGGGGGCCUUCGCCAGUCCAACGACUCCAAUCCGUAUGCCUCCACGAAUGCUUCCAACACUGUUUCCGGCAGUCGCUAUGCGGACCCGUACCUAAACCAGCAGAAUAAUGGUUCCUCUCCAUCCGUGAACAGUUUCGCACCUCAGGAGCGCAGGCGCAGAUCAAAUCCAUAUGACCAGCGCGAUCGAGAGUCCCCGAGCCCGCUGCCGUCAGCACGGGCAGGAUCGGGAGGGACGAGUGUCGCUGGAGGCUAUGGGGGAAUGCCACGGGCGAGAUAUGGGGAUGCCGCUGCUCCGCGGAAUGAGUACGACUAUGGAAGAGCAAAGGAACCCCAAGAGUUCGAACAGAGGCAGCCCACACCCUCAUUCCGGGAAAGGGAGAGGGCUUACAACAACGAGGGUCAGAGAGCGUACAAUGAGAGUAGGAGCCGAGAUGGCAGAGAGAUGCGAGGACAGAUGCCUCCGCCGUCCACGAUCGCUUCGAAACCGAGUCACUCCGGUAUGAGCCAACAAACGUCCACAAAUGGUUACACGGCACCCCAGAACUACCCUUCUCAGCCUCCUCCAGACAAUCCUAACCGACAUUACUCCCCCCGCCGUCCAGUAAAGAGCAUGGAGGAAAUCCUCCGUCAUAUACAAUCAAAUUGGAAAGAUAUGGAGGGUGACGAUUGCGUCCCUGUCAAGAUGGCCCUCAGGCUUAUGGAUCCUAGUUCGUUGGGCCUUGCCGAUAAAGAGGGGGACUUCGCAAACACACACGUUGACCUACAAAAGUGUUUAAAGACAGUCGUCAAUGAGCAUUAUGCCGACUUCAAUAGCGCAGUCGGCACUUAUCACAAAAUCCAGAACGCCAUUCGGGAUAGUCAAAGUCGUGUGAGACAAUUGAAAGUCGGCUUGAUGAAUGUAAAGGACGGCAUGCUAAGCACUCGGCCGGAACUGAGGACGCUAGCCGAGCAAAGCGGUGAGCUUGACGAUAUGCUCAUCACCUUGAGCAAAAUCGAGUCUUUCAAACUCAUUCCUGCGAAGCUCGAAGAGAAAAUCAGUGAGAAGAAAUUCCUCGGGGCCGUCGACAUCUUGAUGGAUAGUCUCAAAAAUAUUACGAAGAGUGAGUUUGACGGUAUUGGUGCCAUCUCCGAUCUUCGAAGCUAUUUCGCCAAUCAGGAGAGCACCUUGUUGGAUAUCCUCAUUGAGGAGUUGCACGACCAUCUCUAUCUAAGAAGCCCCUAUUGUAAAGACAGGUGGAAAGGCAAGAAAGCCAAUGGGGAAGAUAGAGAUCCAAAGGACAAUAUGAUGGCCAUGGGCGUCAAUGCUUGGGAUCGCCCGUUCAACCAUUACUUGAAUAAUGUUGAUCUCUCGACGCCUAUGGUGGAAGAUCCAGCGAAGAACCCCGAAACCGACACCUUCUACUAUAUACACAUGAUCAUCGAAUCACUCAACAAACUGGGUCAGCUUGGGGAGGCUGUUUCGAGAAUCGAGCAGAGAAUGCCAAUCGAGCUGUACAAGGUCGCCGAGAAAACUAACCACGACAUAGACGCCAAAUAUCCUAGCCGUCUGAGAGCUCAAUUCAGCAAAACAAAUCGAAAGGCAUACUCGUUGCAAAUGAGCGAUGGGAGGGCACAAGUGCUGUCUGACUUUCUCUGGACCUUGUAUUCCAAAUUCGAAGCGAUUGCCGAGAGUCAUCGGGUGCUUCACGAGGUUAUUGGAGGUAUCGCAGUGAGGGAGAAGGCUGCAAAGCCUGAAAAAUAUACCACUGGAUUCAAGGAGCUGUGGAAAUUGUAUCAGAUGGAGAUGCGGUCGGUAUUGCACGACUAUUUGGCGACAGAUGGCGACCACACGACUUUGCGAUCUGGAUUGACUAGUACGACCAGCACCGACAUCUUUGCCCGGCCCCAGCGCGAUAAGAACAAGAAAAUGUUCCGGCUUUCUGAAAUGGAUCAGAAAUCAGAGUCCAUGAAAGCUGAAGAGGACGAAUUGAACGAGAUUCUCAAGAGCUCAGUACCUGGUUUGGUCAGCAAAUCCCGUGCAAGAGAUGGAUCCGAUCUGGUUUCAGACCGCACUGGGCAGGAUAGUACUGUUGCGGGACAUAAGUUGUUGGUUGAGCCAGGCGUCUUCAACAUGACCAUCUUGCUACCUCCAUCGUUGACAUUCUUGCAACGUCUGAAAGAUAUUGUACCUUCAACGGCACAUAUUCCCAUGAGCACGUUGACAACUUUCCUCGACGACUUCCUCAUCAACGUGUUUCAUCCCCAGCUCGAAGAAGCAGUCACUGAACUCUGCACGCAAGCCAUGAUUGACCUAGAAGCGUUCUCAGAAGACUCACAAUGGUCGAAGCAUUCACCGCAUCCGAUCUUCAAAGGUACAGUGUCCUUCAUGGCACUGAUCCGUGCAUUCUCAGGCAUGCUGAGCUCGAUUCCACAAGAUCAAAUGUUCACUCAACUCAUCAUCGACCAGCUGGUCACGUAUUAUGACAAGUGUUACGGCUUCUAUAAGGCUUUGGUGAGUCGUGUGGCGUCUUCAGAUCCGAACCAAAGUGGCUCCACCACAUUGUCAACCAAAACGGCAGCCUCGCUUGCAGCAUCCGGCGAGGUCCACGAUGCUGCACUAGAGCUGCUGAAAUACGACAAAUCUAGCAGCGAGGGCGUGUCCCGAUCCAGCCUGAUCACCAAGGAGGUACAGACUCUCCUUUCUGCAAUGAAGACAAACCCGCUCUCCGCCUACGACAUCAUCUCAGACCCCAAAUCAGUCCACCAACUCUCUUUGCUCUACAACAGUAUGCAAUGGUUAGGCGCCGCUCUGGUACAAAUCCGCAACGUCGAGACCAGCACACAUACAGGACUCUCGCAUGCAAGGAGCGGAUCGCAAGGCAGGAGCGUCCGGCGAUGGACAUUGAUCACCAGUCUGCGCAGUGGCAGUUCCAGUAAAACGCCCGCCAACCCUGGCGCAGCAGCCCCGGUUUUCUUACCUCUCACGUCCGAAACUGCAAUUCCUUUCGACACUGUUGUGGCCUCCUUCCGCUCACUGGCUCAGACAUGCCUAUUGACUCUCCACAUCGAUGUCAGGUGUGGUAUCGUUCAUCAAUUAUCCCGGACUUUACGAGGGCCUGACUACGCCAACAGCCCAGCCUCCCCGCCCGACAACCGGGAUUCUGCGGGUACUCCGCGUCUCGAUUCAGGACUCUACCCUUAUGUUCUACCCUCUCUGCCGUCCUCGGCGUCCCCGUUAGUCCUCGAACUCAACAACGAUCUCAUUGCCUUCGACUCGAACAUUGCAUCAUUCCUCAGCGCGCGGGAGAGGAAUUUCAUCCUCAAGGGGCUAUCGCAGCUCGUAGAUCGCUAUCUUGUGGCCGCCGCUGAUGUGAUUGGGGUAAUGAAUAUGAAUGGAGCAGAGAGGAUCAGGAUCGACACAAUGGUCGUACAGCAGAAUUUGAGAGCCAUACUUGCAAAUACGACGGAUAAGCGAAGGAGUUGGUCCGACAAUACCAAGGACCAAAAUGGCCUUGGCAUCUCAAACGUAGAGGAUUCAAGGGAUGGCGAUGAAGAUGAUGGUCUCCUCAUUUCCUCAAGUCGAUACUUCGACCUCUUUCUCACCGGACCAGAUUCGAUCCUACAAUACGUCCGGGAAUGCAAAUCCCAGAAGAAGGAAGUAGGAUACACCUACGAUGAGUUGCGUACACUUGUCGAGCUGUGCUUCAGCGCGAAACUGAGAGGGGACGAUCGAGAGGAGGCUGUUAGGGCAAGGAAAGGGUUGCAAGAUGCACUGUUGGGGUUAGGCGAGGGUAUGUGGGAUAGCUAA